UUUAAAAUUUUCACUUUUAUUUCGAGUCAAAAGUUCUCAAAUUUGUAAAUACUUUUGGAUUAUUCUAUUCAUGAAAGUAAUUUUGUUUCAUUUCUCUCCCCAAAACAGAAAUUAUUUGGAUAUGGGAUAGUUCCAGCUCGGAGUGGCAUGUUCUUCUUCAAAGGGCUUAUUUCAAACCCAGAAAAUCGAUACAUUUUCAUGCUUUAAUGUAGCAAUCUGUUGAAAUUUCUUGAUUUCAUUUGAUCUGAGAGACAUACAUUGAGGGAAAAAGAAGAUCCAUGUCAGUCAUGGCUGCAGCAAGUACUCGUUCUAUUUAUCUUCUCUUCCGAUGCCGACACGUAUUGGACACGUGCUUGAAGGUUCAAUCCAAACUCGAGUAACUUACUCUCAAGUUUCAACUGCUACAAUUCCUUAUCUCUCAUCGACGGUUUCUUCGAUCCUACGGCAUCGGUUUUACUGUAUUGAGAGGAAGGUUGAACAGAGGAUUUCAGAACCUGCCCCUCCACUUAAGUGAAGGGAUUCGAUUCGUUUGAUCUUAUUGAAGAAGUUUCUGUGUCGAGAACUAGUUCUUCUUGGUGAUUUUAGUGAAGUGUUAAGGAAGGUAAUCUUUUCUUUUAAUCUUAAAGGGGAUUUGGAGGAAGGUUGAUUCUAAUGGAGGUUUCGAUUAUGAUUCAUGUGGGAUUCGUCCUUUUUCUUCUCUGGCUACUUUCCGCCUUCAAUUGCUCCCAUGUUGCCGCAUAUUUCAUCUCCCUCAUCUAUCUCUAUCUGGUGCACGAGCGGUUCUUUUUGAAAUUGAGGAGGAAAUUGCAAUUUGAGGAGAGAAAGCAAGCUAACCAGAGAAGGGUUCUUACAGAUUCUGAAACAGUUAGGUGGUUAAACCAUGCAGUUGAGAAGAUUUGGCCUAUAUGCAUGGAGCAAAUUGCUUCUCAAAAGAUUCUCCUCCCUAUCAUUCCUUGGUUCUUGGAGAAGUACAAACCGUGGACUGCUAAGAAGGCUGUGGUUCAACAUCUAUAUUUGGGACGAAACCCACCUAUGUUUACUGAAAUGAGGGUUCUUCGUCAGCCUAGCGAGGAUGACCACUUGGUUCUGGAGUUGGGAAUGAACUUUCUUACAGCUGAUGACAUGAGUGCAAUACUUGGUGUGAAGCUGAGGAAAAGACUAGGAUUUGGAAUGUGGGCAAAGUUGCAUCUUACAGGCAUGCACGUGGAAGGAAAGGUUUUGGUUGGUGUUAAGUUCCUUCGGGAUUGGCCAUACCUUGGCCGCAUAAGACUAUGUUUUGCUGAGCCUCCAUACUUUCAGAUGACCGUCAAACCUAUCUUUACACAUGGUCUUGAUGUUACCGAACUUCCAGGAAUUGCUGGAUGGCUGGACAAGCUUUUGUCCAUUGCCUUUGAGCAGACACUUGUUGAGCCCAAUAUGUUGGUUGUUGACAUGGAGAAGUUCAUUUCACCACAGCCAGAAAAUUGGUUCUCUGUUAACGUGAAGGAACCAGUCGCCUAUGUCAUAGUUGAAGUUGUUGAAGGAGCAGACAUGAAGCCAUCUGAUCUAAAUGGUCUGGCUGAUCCGUAUGUAAAAGGUCAACUGGGUCCGUACAGAUUCAGAACCAAAAUUCAAAGGAAAACACUGUCUCCACAGUGGCGUGAGGAAUUCAAAAUCCCAAUUGUCACAUGGGAAUCAGAAAAUGUGCUUGCUAUUGAAGUUCGUGACAAGGACACAUUUGUCGACGACGCACUUGGAAAUUGUUCUGUCUGCAUUGCGGACCUGAGGGAUGGCAAACGACAUGAUAUAUGGUUGCCUCUUGAAAACAUUAGAACAGGACGAUUGCAUCUUGGAAUCACUGUUUAUGAAGACAGAAAGAAGGUGGAGGAGUAUCCUUCUCAGACAGAAACCUUGAAUGUGGAAGAGAACGAGGGUUCCCCUAAAAGUGAGACCAAAAAUGAUAAGGCUUCAACCUCACCUGUAUCGAUGGAGCCUGAAAAAGGGAUUGAUAAUUUUGAGCCCAUCGAUGUUAAAGGGCAGAAGGAGACAGGAAUAUGGGUCCACCGUCCAGGAAGCGAAGCUUCAAAAACUUGGGAGCCUCGGAAGGGACCAAGUAGGCGGCUUGAUACCGAAAUCCGUAGGGAGCCUAAUGAAUCUGUAAGCAGUGGAGAGAUAAAAUCUUGUACUAAUGAUUCAAGCAGUGCUGAUGAUAGUCCUGAGGAGAAACAUCGAAAAAUAUCAGUUCGUAGGGGACUAAGGAAGCUGAGUUCAGUUUUUCACAGGAGUCCUCGGGAUGAGGAUCGAUCAGGAAGCUUAGUGGAGUCUGCUAAAUCCCCCCAAUAUACCAAUGUUAGGGCUGCAAAUGCCGAACGGGGCGUCAAGGUUAUUCUUGUGGAUAACAUUUCCAGUACUGCUGAUAAGGUGGUAUUUACAGAAGGAAAGUCGAGCAACGAUGGUAGUGAUCCAGAGAGUCCAGGAAAAGGUGGUAAUGUGAAAGGCAUGGCUAAAAGCAUUAUCAGACAGGCUGAGAAAUCUGCUCGUAGUAUUAAAUAUGCAUUUUCACGCAAAGGCUCGAGGAGAUUCCAAAUUGAUUCAUUGGGACUGAAGGAAAGAGAUGCUGCAGUGGAAUCAGAGUCUUCUGAUGAUGAACCUGAUACACCAACUGUUUGCAACCCAACAACAAUUGUAGGAGUUCCAGUUAUCACUGAAGCCAAAGCCCCAGCUCCUCACAACAGCACCCUUAAGGAAAAUGUGUUGCCCGCUGGUUCAAGUGACAAUGUGAAGGAGAAUGGACCAUCAGCAGCAGAUAGAAGUACUGCUGCUGCAGCUCGAUCGGCAAAGAUUGAAGAUGACGAGGAUGAUAAUAAAAAACCCCGCAAUCAACGGUGACAAACGAUUGGAACUUCUAAAACCUGAACUUGGUGAUAGUUGUUAUUUCUUUCGUUGUUUGAAAGAUGGUAGGUACAGUGUGUAGGUAAAAAAAGAUGUGAAAAACAUGCAGAAGUUUGAGAAUUUGUAAAUUGAAUAGAGAUGUCAUUACCCUUAAACAAGUGCAAAAUUUAUAGAGAUUGAAGAAGUUAUUUGUGAAGAUUGUCAAAAUAAAUAAAGCAUCAAUUUUUCCUAGUUAAA